UCCAACAUUUCCUGGGUAGUAAUCCUUAUGAUCACCUGUGAUCUUUAGUGGAACAAAAACAGUUAAUGUACGUUUGAGGUCAGGAACGAAAUGACCAAAUUGCCCUCACUUCAGCAACUGAAACAUUCCAGAGCUAUUAAAAAGUUGUUGAUCCUGGAUCAUGACUGCCUUCAAAAUUGGUGUCGAUUCCAAGCCGGUCGAUCAUCGACCCGGACCCCGAAACGUCAUCAGCUGAUUGACUAGCUUCACAGACGCCUCGCGGCAGCGUAGACAAAAUCCCCAGACAGGUCAUAAGGUCAGAAAGGACGGUGUCUGGCAUCCUAACUGCAACGGCUGAUUCGACAUUGGAAGGGUACACAUUGUUACAGCGAUUGUGGAGAGUCGGCUGACGAUUAUAUUACUUGACCCGUACUACGCCGGCACGGUAUGCAUGCAGCGUGAAACUAGCCAGGCACGGCGGAAUGCCAGCCAGUGUGUGAGCUGCCGAAAAUAGCCUUGCUGAAUUGUCCUUAAAUCCAAAACUUCUGCGAGAUUUUGGCACAUCAACCUUUGCAGCCGAGGCGCAAUAGUUGACUGAGAAGAUGGCGAGGUUUAUUCUCACGCUUGUAAGACAUGGCCAGACAAUAUAUAACCAAGAUGGCAUCAUCCAAGGUCAAAUGGAUGUACCAUUGUCUGAAGAGGGGAGAAAGCAGAUAUGGCUACUGGCCAAGGCACUGGAGCAGCACCGCUUCACCAAGAUCUUUGCUAGUGACUUGCAGAGGGCCAGAGAGACUGCUCAGGCCAUUGUGGAUCACGGAGCAGUGGACAGGCCACAGGUCAUCACAGAUCAGAGGUUACGAGAAAGGGGCUAUGGACGUCUGGAAGGGAUACCAGUGAAGGAAUACCAGGGACACGCCAAGAAGGGCAAACAACACAAACAGUUUACCCCCGAGGGCGGGGAGACAAUCGAUCAAGUCAGGAAACGGGCCGUUUCAUUUUUCAAAGAGCUUUGUGAUGACUUCCUAGAAGGUGGUGCACUUCAGAGCGCCCCCAAGAAAUGUGCAGUGGCCAAAAAGCUGCUUAAUUCUGAGGAAGGUUCAAACUCACCAGAAGAUGCCCAGACAGCUCAUCCAAAGUCUUCCCUGGCCUCAUCGGAGGUGAGUGCUUCCAAUGAGGUCGACAUCCCACCAGUGGAGUUCACAGUUGGUCCCUUGUCGCAGCCAGGCAGCGAUGAGGAGGAGGCGGGGGACCGUGGCGACAGGCAACCAACCUCGGAGGCCCUUACAGCCGAAGUCCAAGCUUGCCACCCUCCCAGGCCCCAGCAGAGCGGAGCACGGAGUCCGCACUACCACAGACGCUCGCCCCUCAGCAAUCAAUAUGCUCCCAAUGUGACACUGUCGCAGUCCUCUAUGCGCAGGGGUGGGGCUGGGCCGGAGGAGGGCACGAUCGAGGUCUCCAGCUCGGAAGGCAGCCUGGGCAGUCAGGACACGGAGGACGAUCUGGACGGGGACGCCGAGCUGGACGGCAUGGUGGCUGACGUGCUGGUGGUGGCCCACGGCGUCCUGCUCCGAGAGAUGAUGCGGUACUUCAUCGAGGACCUCAAUUGCUUUGUGCCAAAGGGCCAGAACCUGGCCAACCGGGUCACCUUCAACACAGGCAUGUCCAGGUUUCAGGUGGAUCUCCUGGACGGCUUCCCCAAGAUGGAGUGCCUGACUAUCCACCAGAUAGAUCACCUGCAUCAACCGUAGCAGCCCCAAUCGCCAACAUUGGAUCAUGUUUUGUUUCAUUGUUUUGUUUGAAUUCAGGGAAGUGGUUAUCAUGUACAGUACCAGACUACUGUAAUGAGGACCACUCUAUGAAACAUUGCCAUUUUGUAAGUUUAAUUCUAAAGAACUUCCGUUGAACAUUUUAGAACAGUAUUAACAGUGUUACAUUAUUGAAAUGUAAUUAGAAUGCAAUAUUGAAAUAGUAGUGGUUCACUACCAUGGACUUUGCGCACAACUCCUUCCCCCAGCAAUGAGACUGAUUGUUGAGGGCUAGGGUGUAUGUAAGAUCAUAUUGAAAUGGGAAGAUUUGGGACUGUUAGGGCGAUGUGCAUUUCUCUUGCGCUGAACUGUCAAGCGCAGUCCUCAUUUAUGCAGCAGUUUUAUGCAUUAACUUACACAGAUGGGUUGAGUUCAGUGUUUCUCUGUGACCUUUGCGUACAUGUAGGCUUGAGUUCUGAACAUGUGAAAAAUAUUCAUAGCUGUACGGCCAUCACAUGUUUGUCCAAGAUAAAGCCGUUUUCAGCGACUGGCUACGGCUACUUCACAUAAAUGUGUGUGUUUGGUUCAGCCCCUCUUAGUUGAACCAGACAUUUUCUCGGCGUCCUCACUGGACACUGAUUGACUAACUGACUAACUAACUAAAUGACGUUCAUGCAUGAAACCCAUUAGAGCCUUCACAGGUGCUGCAGCUUAUUUCGGUGAGCUUGAAAAUUGGGUGUUGAGGAUUCAGAACCUGUCUGACAGGGUCCCUGCAGUGAAUGUUGUUUCAGACACAUUUUUGUGCAUCUCUAUACCAUUCUUCAGUGUAUGAAAACUGGUCGACAUCUGUUUGGGGUUAAGCGCAUUUUGUGGACAAGUGAGGGCGCUGUUGCUGUGAUAUAAAUCAGGGAAGACGCUGCUCAAUUAAAUGUUGUUAUGUUCAAAUUUUGAAUUCAAAAAUUUUAAAGAAAAGUUACUUGUUGGCUAAUAUUGCCACGUACUUAACCAACAAUACAUCGCCAAAGAAACUUAAAGUUUUGUCAGCAUAAGAUAAAAAACUCCAGCAGUUUCUCUGCACAAAUCAGUGCAACAUUGAGGUUGGGGUGAUGUCACAUUAUUGCUCAUUAAUAUUGAAAUUUGCAUAAGCAUAAAAACUUAAAAGGAUCUCAAAUACCUGUUGAAAUACCAAAACAUAAAUUGUUAAUCAGGUGAGUUGCAACACAGAGGUGCAUUUUCUCGAGGGAUGUAGUCAAAUAGUUACAUUGCAUGGUCUCUUGAAGACAUUGAUCAGGCUGCACACUUUUAAAUUUUUUAAAUUCAUCACAUGGAAUUUUACUGCAAAGCAAACAAAUAUGUUCACAAUAAUUAUGUUUCUAGUUUGGUUAAUUGUUUUAGUUAAAUUGCCAAUAUGAGUCAAAUUUAAAUACACUGUUUAAAUACAGUGAUUUUUUCUUAACCAUUUUGUACAGAAUGUUUUGCUGUUAAGGAAUCUAAUAAUUGGGUUUCUGGUGAAAUUCCCCAAGAGCUGCGCAACAAGCUGGAAUACACUGUCUCUUGUUAUGGUGGUGUCGUAUUGUACUGUGUCAAGAUGAAGAAACAACACACAAGUUGACAGGAAAUGAUAUCUUUUUUACACAAGAAGCAUGCGAGGAUUUAAGCAGGACAAUUAAGGCAGAGUUGUGAACAUGUUUAUAAUCAGGAAUAUGCACGGUUAUGUACGGCAUUGUUGUACAAGUAUGCGUAUGAGUGCCAGAACGACAGCAUGACGUAGCACAGAUGUUUCCUGCACUAGACAAUGACACGUUUCUGUGGUUUGGCUCAGAGGUACUCGUUGGGGACCAAAGUGCCUCUCCAGUUACUUCAGAUUGCCUCCUGUAGUCCUGUGCUUCCCAAACCCCCCCCCCCCGAAACUCAUACUGUUCGUUUCACAGAGCUGAGCCAAAUUACCAUACAUCUGAAGACCCACUGAGAAGUAUCCAUUGCAGUGUUGUGGAUGGCAACCUGUCCAAGAUGCAUGUUUUACAGCUUCGUAGCUGUCAGUCAUUUUCAAGCCAUGUACCUCUCUAUGAAUGUGUAGGAUAGACUGUAUCUGACAGACUUCUGAACUUUGAUAGUUGGUGAGGCGCUGAAAUGAACGAGGGGACUGUUGGGGGGGGAGGCUCACCGACUCACCUAUUUUUUGCAUUUUUAUUGCUGAGAGUGUCAUCCACAUGCCUGGUUUCCAAAUGCACUGCAUGUACACAUGCUGUGCUUUGGUAGGGGCUCUCACAUUAAAGACCAAUUACACUAUUCGUAAUGUCACAGUUUUGGUUAAAGCAUGCCUUUUUUAAUAUUGAAGUGCUUAUGUUUAUUAAGAAGUGGUGCAUGUAAGAAUAAUGUUCAAAUUAUUCUUUGAAUAAUUUUUGGUAAGUUUGUAGUAGUGUUCAACGUGAUCAUGAUAUUCUGUUUGAUGCACCUGUACAUGUAUUUAAACCAGAGAUGUCAUCAAGCCCCCUCUCUAGUCCAUCAGGUUUACUAAUUAAGUAAAACGUGUUGUAGGAGAAAGUUAGCCUGAAAACAAGCCAGCGUAGUUUUGUAGUUCUGUGGAAUUUGGUAACAAGUUAGAUUCUGAGAAUUUUGGGGACGAAAGAUAUACAUGUACAUGUACACGUACUGAAAAUGUCAAAGUACAUUUGCCAAACAACUUGGACUCAACUUCAUCCGUGUCAAGCCUUGUGUCCAAAUACCCAUAGUCCUCAGAGUUCAUAGCAGUGUUCUCGGUGUUGGCAGUUGUUGGCCAGUGUUGAAGUUGAGACCUGGUAAGACCAUUGCAAAACCCCACAAGACUAUCACAAGACCAAUGCAAGACCCUCCAGUCUGAAUUCAAGUCACCGGUUAUGAACUGCAACCAAAGCACUCCUUUGUAAUUGUUCACCCUGUUACUUAUGACUGGUCUUGUGUCUGGUCUUGUGAUGCCCUCGACUACAACACUGCUGUUGGGUUCCUAGUGCACCACCCCUGGCACCCAGUAGCUUGACCACAGCUCUGGUUAUAUCAUUGUAACUGUCAAACACCAGUGUUGUAAUUGGUCUAUGCCUGUAUAGUGAAUGACAGAAAAACUACCUCAUUUUGUUUGUUUCUUGCAUUGUACGAUAAUGAAAGAUAUGGUGACCUCAGCAUUUGUUUUGGGGUAAUUCCAGAAAUUAGGGGUCCAAAAGUGUGACAUUUUCGUGUCUCUGUUAUAUCUGACCUUUGUUA